AUUUAGGCAAGUCUUGCUCCCAUCCGCUUGCUGCCCUUUGAUCGCGCUUUCUCGCUCCUCUCGAUCUCGACUUGGAAUUGGAUUGGCGGAGAUCUUUGCAGCGAUUCGGCAGAGGCUUGGAAGCUAAUUUUGGAGGGCAAGUUUUCGAUCCCUUUCUCGAUCUGAUUGAUGGCUUCUAUUCGGGUGACCAUGGAGGUUGGGGGAGAUGGAGUGGCGAUCAUCACUAUCUGCAACCCGCCGGUCAAUGCUUUGCAUCCCACGAUUAUUGCUGGGUUGAAGGAGAAAUAUUCGGAGGCGGUGAAAAGAAGUGAUGUUAAAGCAAUUGUCUUGACUGGUUAUGGAGGCAAGUUUUCUGGUGGUUUUGAUAUCAAUGUUUUUGCUGAGAUUCAUAAAUCAGGGAAUAUAUCAAGUCUACCAGAUGUAUCUGUUGAACUCGUGGUCAAUAUUAUGGAAGAUGCUCCAAAGCCAUCUGUUGCAGCCAUCCAAGGGCUUGCACUUGGUGGUGGUCUCGAGCUAGCCAUGGGUUGUCAUGCACGAGUUUCUACUCCAGAAGCUCAACUUGGAUUGCCAGAGUUGACUCUUGGCGUCAUUCCUGGAUUUGGAGGCACACAACGUCUUCCAAGGCUUGUUGGGCUGCCAAAAGCACUAGAAAUGAUGCUGCAAUCAAAAUCAAUCAAAGCAAAGGAAGGGGAGAAGUAUGGUCUCAUUGAUGCUAUUGUUUCAUCUGAGGAUUUGCUCAAAGUUGCACGAGUAUGGGCGUUGGAAAUUGCUGAACGGCGUAGACCAUGGAUCAGUUCUCUUCAUAGGACUGAUAAAAUUGGUUCUCUUUCUGAAGCUAAUGAAAUACUGAAAGCCGCUAGGAAACAAGUUAAGAAAAUAGCUCCUAAUAUGCCGCAGCACCAAGCAUGCCUUGAUUCAGUUGAGGAAGGUGUAAAGUUCGGUGGAUAUGCCGGCGUGCUCAAGGAAGCAAAGGUUUUCAAGGAGUUGGUGCUUUCAAAUACCUCAAAAGGGCUUGUUCACGUCUUCUUUGCACAACGAACUACAUCGAAGGUACCUAAUGUUACUGAUAUUGGGCUUAGUCCAAGGAAAAUAAAAAGAGUUGCUGUUAUUGGUGGUGGUUUAAUGGGUUCUGGAAUAGCUACUGCCCUUAUCUUAAGUAAUACGUCUGUUAUCCUCAAGGAGAUUGAUUCUAAUUUUCUUCAGAAGGGACUGAAAACAAUCCAAACUAACCUUGAAGGCCUUGUGAAGAAAGGUUCAUUGUCUCAGGAGAAAAUGAACAAAGCAUUAUCACUUGUUAAGGGUGCUUUAGAUUACUCAGAGUUCAAGAAUGUUGACAUGGUUAUCGAGGCUGUUAUUGAAAAGGUUGCACUUAAACAGUCAAUAUUUGCUGAUAUAGAAAGGGCUUGUCCUCCACAUUGCAUUUUGGCAACAAACACAUCCACCAUCGAUCUCAAUAUUGUUGGUGCCAAGACUCAUUCUCAAGAUCGAAUUGUUGGGGCUCAUUUUUUCAGUCCUGCUCAUGUGAUGCCUCUGCUGGAAAUCGUUCGAACAGACAAGACAUCUCCGCAAGUAAUCCUUGAUCUUAUGACUGUUGGGAAAGCCAUAAAAAAGGUUCCUGUUGUGGUAGGAAACUGCACAGGCUUUGCAGUUAACCGUACAUUUUUUCCAUAUACCCAAGGGGCGCAAUUAUUGGCCCAUCUAGGUGUGAAUUUGUUUAGAAUUGACAAGGUGGUCACAGACUUUGGUUUGCCAAUUGGUCCUUUUCAGCUACAAGACUUGGCAGGAUAUGGAGUGGCUUUGGCAGUGAAAGAUAUAUAUGCUUCUGCCUUCAGGGGACGUACAUUUGAGACUAAUUUGGUUGAAUUGCUGGUUAAAAGUGGGCGCAAUGGCAAAAGCAAUGGCAAGGGUUAUUAUAUAUAUGAAAAGGGACAGAAGCCUAAACCUGACCCAAGUGUGCAAGCUAUCAUAGAGGAAUCUAGUAGGCUUGCCAAUGCCAUGCCUGGUGGAAAGCCUAUUACUGUAAGCGACCGAGAAGUUUUGGAGAUGAUAUUCUUUCCAGUUGUGAAUGAGGCUUGCAGAGUCAUGGCGGAAGGGGUGGUUGUUCGAGCUUCCGACCUUGAUAUUGCAUCUGUUCUUGGAAUGAGUUUCCCCAGAUACAGGGGUGGUAUUGUAUUUUGGGCCGACUUGGUUGGUUCUGAUUACAUAUAUGCCAAACUCAAGAAAUGGACCGAGCUGUAUGGUGGCUUCUUCAAACCGUGCGAAUACUUGGAAGAAAGAGCCGUCAAAAGAUUGCCAUUGAGCAUGAUAAACUUAUCAGAAUCCCAGCAGUCAAGGGCUCGCAUGUAAUUCGCUGGAGGACCAUGAGUUGACAAUAAUAUCAGUUGGCGUUCCAUCUACCAUCGCCAUCAAGGAUGUGUUAUUGGUUAGUCAAAUAGUGAAUGAAUGAAACUAUCUCCCACUCUGUUUCAGACCAAGUGCCGCCUCCAACUAAUUCUAAGUUAGCUCGCAUCAAUUUUAUAAUGUCAAGCUAUUGUCAUCGUAGCUCUAUAAAGGGUACGAAAAGUGGAUUGUUAUAGUAAGCUUACACGCGACUAAGACUAGAUACUUUGGACUCAAUUGUUUUGUCAUCUUGCUCGUCUUUUGGAACUAGGGACCGGUGUAACACAUCCUAGGUCUCUAUCUAAUCCGGAAUAGGCCUUCGUAAUAAAUGCUUCAAAAUUAAUAAAUUGGAAAGCAAAUUUGGUUUUGAAUCA